GUAACGACAAAGACAACAUUGGAUUAUUUCACUCCCACUAGAAUUAGAUGUAGCCCUUCUAGUUUUAAGUGCUAAGUGCUAAGUGCCAACCACCACACAUAGAAACUGAAAGAGUAACCAUGGAAGCUGCACUAUGCAGUUCACUUGCUCUUUCACCCAACCAAGUAUUCAGUGCAUCAAAUCCUGAUAAAAAUUUUCUUUUCAAAUAUAGUAAAGACCGGAGUAUUGCAAUGACAGUGGCUGCCCCUGGAAUAGGGAAAGGUGGUGGGUUGUUGGAGAGGCCAACCAUAGAGACAACAUCACCUGGAAGGGAAUCUGAAUUUGACUUAAGGAAAUCAAGAAAAACAUCCCCACCUUAUCGAGUAUUGCUGCACAAUGACAACUAUAAUAAGCGAGAAUAUGUGGUGCAAGUGUUGAUGAAGGUGAUUCCCGGAAUGACACUUGAUAUUGCAGUUAACAUCAUGCAGGAGGCACAUCAUAACGGACUAGCAGUGGUGAUCAUCUGUGCUCAAGUGGAUGCUGAAGACCACUGCACGCAGUUGAGAGGAAACGGCCUUUUAAGCUCAAUUGAGCCAGCUGAUGGUGGGUGUUAACCAUUGGCAAGAGCUUUGAUCUAAUAAUAUCAUUGGUAUACUUAUAUGUAUAUUAUACACACAAUCCAUAAUAUUCACCUUUCCAUUCGUUAAGAAUAGUGGUAUAGAAAAUUGGUGUCUAGGCAAGGAAAGGGGUAGUGCUAGUUAGUACUUUUGCUGGACAUAUAUUGCUUCCAAUCGGUAGCAUUAUUUUGAUUUAACGUGUUAUACUUAGUGUCUAAUCUCUAUAUUUCCACCCUUCACUGAA